GCGGCGGUGUGCGAGAUGGAGGCGCCGGGGGGCGGAGCGGGGCCGAUGCCGACCACGCCGUCGCACGCGUCCAUAGCGGACUCGGACGACUUCGACCUGUCGCGGCUGCUGAACCACCGCCCGCGGAUCAACGUGGAGCGGCAGCGCUCCUUCGACGACCGCUCGCUCGGCGACCUCUACCUCUCCGCCAUGGACAGCCGCGGCGGGUACAUGGACAGCUACGAGAGCAUGUACUCGCCCGGCGGCGGGCUCCGCUCGCUCACCGGCACGCCGGCCUCCUCCACGCGGCUCUCCUUCGAGCCCCAGCUCCUGGUCGCCGAGGCCUGGGAGGCUCUCCGCCGCUCGCUCGUCUGCUUCCGUGGGGAGCCCCUCGGCACCAUCGCCGCCGUCGACAGCUCCUCCGACGAAGUCCUCAACUACGACCAGGUGUUCGUGCGGGAUUUUGUGCCGAGCGCGCUGGCGUUCCUGAUGAACGGGGAGCCGGACAUCGUGAAGAACUUCCUGCUCAAGACGCUGCUGCUGCAGGGGUGGGAGAAGCGGAUCGACCGGUUCAAGCUCGGGGAGGGCGCCAUGCCGGCGAGCUUCAAGGUGCUCAAGGACCCGAAGCGCGGGGUGGACACCCUGGCGGCGGACUUCGGCGAGAGCGCCAUCGGGCGCGUGGCGCCGGCCGACUCCGGGUUCUGGUGGAUCAUCCUGCUCCGCGCCUACACCAAGUCCACCGGCGACCUCACCCUCGCCGAGACGCCCGAGUGCCAGAAGGGCAUCCGGCUCAUCAUGAACCAGUGCCUCGCCGAGGGGUUCGACACCUUCCCCACCCUCCUCUGCGCCGACGGCUGCUGCAUGAUCGACCGCAGGAUGGGCGUGUACGGGUACCCGAUCGAGAUCCAAGCCCUCUUCUUCAUGUCACUGCGGUGCGCGCUGCUGCUGCUGAAGCCGGCGGCGGAAGGGAACGGCAAGCAGGACGACGACAUCAUGGAGCGGAUCGUGACGCGGCUGCACGCGCUGAGCUACCACAUGCGGACCUACUUCUGGCUCGACUUCCAGCAGCUCAACGUCAUCUACCGCUUCAAGACGGAGGAGUACUCCCACACCGCCGUCAACAAGUUCAACGUCAUCCCGGAGUCCAUCCCGGACUGGCUCUUCGACUUCAUGCCCUCCCGCGGCGGCUACUUCGUCGGCAACGUCAGCCCCGCCAGGAUGGACUUCCGGUGGUUCGCGCUGGGCAACUGCGUCGCCAUCCUCGCGUCGCUCGCCACGCCAGAGCAGGCCGGCGCCAUCAUGGACCUCAUCGAGGAGCGAUGGGAGGACCUCAUCGGCGAGAUGCCGCUCAAGAUCUGCUACCCGACCAUCGAGGGACACGAGUGGCAGAACGUCACCGGAUGCGACCCCAAGAACACCAGGUGGAGCUACCACAACGGAGGAUCAUGGCCAGUGCUGAUCUGGCUCCUGACGGCGGCGUGCAUCAAGACCGGGCGGCUCAAGAUCGCGAGGCGGGCGAUCGACCUGGCAGAGGCGAGGCUGGGGAAGGACGGCUGGCCGGAGUACUACGACGGCAAGCUCGGGCGGUACGUGGGGAAGCAGGCGAGGAAGCACCAGACGUGGUCCAUCGCGGGGUACCUGGUGGCCAAGAUGAUGCUGGAGGAUCCGUCCCACCUGGGCAUGAUCUCACUCGAGGAGGACAAGGCCAUGAAUCCCGUGCUCAAGAGGUCUGCCUCCUGGACUGUGUAAAAUGAUGAUCGAUGACUGUCGAUCGGUGGCCCUUGAUGUGAUGCUGGUCGGAAAUGUAACCAGGGGAAGGAAAAAAGAGCAUGUUAAUUUUUGGGUUUAGCAAUCCUGUAUGUACUCCCUAAUCGAAGAAAAACAUGUUUUGGCUGUCUCCCACUUUUGGAA